GCACUGCAUCUGCGCGCGUCACGUAGACAGGCCUUCACUCAGUCACGCGACACCGUCCCACUGCUUCUUUGAUUCUCUGGCUCGCUGCGACUCACCGCUUCGUGUGUGAACACCCGCGCAACUCGUUCUCACUGCGCGACGCGCCCUAGAUUAAAGCCGCACAGCAGCAGCUUCCUCAGUUCAAAACAACACUGUACAGCCAACUCGGACCGUUGAACCAGUUGCUGUCCUGAACUCAGCGCGUUCAGCUGCUCAUCCGCUCUACACUUUUCGUACAACCUAGAACCGUGCUGCUUCGGAUCUUGAUUUGAGGUUCGAGUACAAUCUGCGUGCUGCCUUCUCGGCGCUCUCACCUUACGUCUUCGUCUAGUCUCGCGCACAACCGCUGGCUUUCUACUCUCUUUCUUAUUCGGUCUGAUCUGGUACACUGAACUCAUCAUGGCAGCCAUGGACGAUUUGGAGAAACUAGAAACGCUUUUGCAAUCUCUACAAGCAUUGAAGGCGCCCGGAGUUACUCCAACCAAGGUUAAGGAGAUAACGGCAAUAUGCGUAAACAAUAUCCAGUUCGAUGCGGCCAUCGUCCAGAAGAUCGUCCAGCAGUUUAAAAACAGUCCCGCCACACAUAAACUGGGAGUGCUAUACGUUGUAGAUUCUGUCACCCGCCAAUGGGUAGAGAAGGCUAAGCUGGCUGGUCAAGCCGUUUCGAAAAAUGCUGCGCCUGGCACAUUUGCUUCAGGCGUGCAGAAAGUGAGAGACGUGUUACCGACUCUGAUGAACGAUCUUGUUCAAACAGCCCCAGAUAACCAUAAGGACAAGAUCAUGAAACUUCUGGACAUUUGGGAGCGCGGACAAACGUUUCCGCUCGACAUGCUUGCCGGUCUCAAGCAACAGCUGAACGGCAACAAGAAUAUCGCACAUGCGCUAUCGGAUCAUCCGCAGAAGAACAAUGGCACUGCACAGAUUUCUAGCACUCAAACUAAUCAGCCGUCAGCAGCUUUUCCAAUUUUAGCUACAACACAGACACCGCAGGAUCCAGGUGCACUUUUUGCUGCCCUUGCUGGCUUUGGCCAACCCAAUCCCCAUGCUAAUUCCCAGGGUACUGCACCGCCUGCGUUUUCUUUUCCGCAAAACAUGGUGCCGCCACCGCCACCUCCAGGAUUUGUUCUUCCACCGCCUCCUGUAGCAAACGGACAGUCUACAAUGCCUCCUCCGCCUGCAGGAAUGAACGAUUUGGCAGGUCAAAUACUUCAAGCUAUGAGUGCAGGAACGAUCGCACCUGAUCAAGCGAUACAAGUGCUCAAUGCGCUGGCCGUAGCUCAAAAUGGAGGGGCGUCGUUGUCGCUGUCACAACCUCCAGUCGUAACUCAAGCUCAGUCGCAAACUCAUUCCAUCUCCCAUAACGGCUCCCAACAAGAGCAGUAUGACCGCAAUGCGUUUGAACAAAACGGUAAUAGAUUUCGAGACCGAAGCCGAUCGCCUGACGUCCGUCAGCGGCACUCCCCUAUUCGUAGAUCCCCGCCAAGCACACAUCGUCGAGAAAGUCCAACAUAUGGUGUCUAUGAUCCCAAUGCAGGCGCUGAUGGAAAUGCAAAUCGCUUCGAGCGAGGUGAGCGCGGUCGUGGCCGUGGUAAAGGUCGUGGCGGUCGCAAUGAUCGUAGUGAGUAUCGUCAACGUACGCCGCCACGAAGACAGUCAAGCCCACCCAGGAAUGCACAUGGUUCUUCAAAGUUUAUUGAAUGGGACAGUAGCCUCCCGCGCGAUACUAUUAGGGUUCUGAGUCGCACAUUAUUUGUAGGUGGCGCAGGUGGAACCGAGGGUGAAAUUCGGAGCAUUUUCAGUCGGUUCGGUAAGGUUCAAACUUGUAUAGUCAACCAGGACAAGCGACAUGCCUUUGUCAAAAUGUUGACUCGACCCGAUGCAAUCGCGGCCAAGAAAGGCAUGGAUAAUCUACAAGAUCCUAUCGCUCAACAGAAGGCUCGCCAGACUCGAUGGGGGGUAGGUUUUGGCCCACGAGACUGCAGUGACUACGACUCUGGUGUCAGCGUGAUACCUCUGCAUCGCCUUACCGACGCGGACCGCAAGUGGGCUUUGACGGCAGAGCACGGCGGCACGGGGGGUCGAGCGCUGGAGGGCGGUAUGGUGUUGGAGGAGCCGGAUAUUGAGAUUGGCGCCGGUGUUUCUUCAAAAGCCAUCAGUCGUCGUGUCCCUACCGAAGCGGGACGUGGUGGUCGCGGCGGGUUUGGCGGCCGUGGUGGAUUCGAUAACGGAGCGCCAAAGUUCCGCAAGCCAGAUCGUACGAUGAACGAUCCUCGACACAUCUCUCCUCGACCAGAACAAGGUGUGGCAGUGCCACCCGCGGUCCCUGGGUUUGGGUUCCAGCUUCCGGGAUUUUAGAAAAACUACGUGAGGUCGUUUCAGAGUAUCUUUACGGCGGCUGAAUUGCUUCGUGUGUUCAAUGCAUUGCAAGGCGUUGGGGGCGGCAACUGCCACUGAAAAAUUACGACGGAGAUCCGUGUUUCUCGUCUGUACGAUUAGAAGGACACUCCUCAUUUUGAUAGUUUGAU